AUGCUGCGCCUCAGCCGCGGGGCCGAGCGCUCCCGCCGCCGGCAGCGGCCGUGCCCGCUGCUCGUCCUGUCAGCGCUGCUCUGGGCGCCGGCGCUGGUCGCCUUCAACUUGGACGAGGAGAAGCUGACGGUGUACAGCGGGCCCCCGGGCAGCUACUUCGGGUACUCGGUGGACUUCUACCUCCCCGAUCCCAGCACGGUCAGCGUCCUGGUGGGAGCUCCCAAAGCCAACACCACGCAGCCAGACAUAGUGGAAGGAGGCGCGGUGUACCGGUGCGCCUGGCCCGCCGCCCGCUGCCGGCAGAUUCCCUUCGACAGCACCAACAACAGGAAAAUUAAAGUCAAUGGCACCAGGGAACCUAUUGAGUUUAAGACAAAUCAGUGGUUCGGAGCCACAGUCAAAGCUCAUAAAGAAAAAGUUGUGGCUUGUGCUCCUUUAUAUCAUUGGAGAACCCUUAAAGAUAGCCCUGAGAAGGACCCUGUUGGCACCUGCUAUGUAGCAAUUCAGAACUUCAGUGCCUAUGCUGAGUAUUCACCUUGUCGAAACAGCAAUGCAGAUCCCGAAGGACAAGGCUUUUGUCAAGCAGGUUUCAGCUUAGAUUUUUACAAGAAUGGAGACCUGAUAGUAGGCGGGCCUGGUAGUUUUUAUUGGCAAGGUCAGGUAAUCACUGCAAGUAUUGCGGAUAUCAUUGCAAAUUAUUCCUUCAAGGAUAUUCUGAGGAAACUGGCAAGAGAGAAGCAAACAGGAGUGGCACCACCCUCAUAUGAUGACAAUUACAUGGGAUACUCAGUGGCUGCUGGGGAAUUUACUGGAGAUUCUGAGCAAGAGUUGGUUGCUGGAGUCCCGAGGGGAGCACAGAACUUUGGCUAUGUCUCAAUUAUUAAUUCUUCAGACUUGACCUUUAUCCAGAACUUCACUGGUGAACAGAUGGCGUCUUAUUUUGGGUACACUGUUGCAGUAUCUGAUGUUAACAAUGAUGGUUUAGAUGAUCUCUUAGUUGGUGCCCCUCUCUUUAUGGAACGAGAAUUUGAGAGCAAGCCUAAAGAAGUUGGGCAAGUUUAUCUAUACCUGCAAGAAAGUGCCUUCCUCUUCCAAGAUGCGCAGAUUCUGACCGGCACGGAUGUGUUUGGAAGAUUUGGCAGUGCAAUCACACACCUUGGAGAUCUCAAUCAGGAUGGCUAUAAUGACAUCGCUGUUGGUGCACCAUUUGCAGGAGAAGACAGAAGAGGGAAAGUGCUCAUUUAUAAUGGAUAUAGUAAUGGGUUAAAUACUAACCCUUCCCAGGUUCUCAGUGGAGCCUGGGCCUCACAGUCCGUGCCUUCGGGAUUUGGCUUCACUCUGAGAGGAGAUUCAGAUGUAGACAAGAAUGAUUACCCAGAUUUAAUUGUAGGUGCGUUUGGAGCUGGAAAAGCAGUUGUUUACAGAGCCAGACCUGUUGUGACAGUGAAUGCUCAGCUUAUUCUGAACCCCGUGAUUGUGAAUCCAGACAAUAAAACGUGUCAGCUUCCUGUCUCUGAGCUUUUGGUGGCCUGCUUUACUGUGAAAGUCUGUGCACACUUUGAAGGUCAAAGUAUUUCAGAUGAGAUAGUGCUGAAAGGUGAAUUGCAGUUAGACUCACUGAAACAGAAAGGAGCUGUUAAGAGGACCCUCUUCUUUGAUAACCAUCAGUCACACCAUUACUUCUCUAUUGAGACAGAAAGACAGAAACAGCUCCAUUGCCAGGACUUCCUUGUUUAUCUCAGAGAUGAAACAGAAUUCAGAGAUAAAUUAUCUCCCAUCAAUAUAAACUUGAAUUAUAGUUUGGAUGAAUCCAAUUUUGAAGAUAGCUUGACUGUGAAGCCAAUACUGAACUACUACCAGAAAAGUUCAGUGACAGAACAGGCUUACAUUCUGGUUGACUGUGGGGAAGACAACUUGUGCAUUCCUGACUUGCAGCUUUCUGCCAUGCCAGAUAAAGAUCAGCUAAUAAUUGGAGAAGAAAACUUUGUAAUGCUCAUAAUAAAUCCAAGGAAUGAUGGGGAAGGAGCCUAUGAAGCUGAGCUACAUAUAAAGAUUCCACCUGAAGCAGAUUACACUGGGGUUGAACGCAGCAACAAGGCACUGCGUGUAUUGAGCUGUGAUUACAAGAUGGAAAAUGAAACUAGAAUGGUGGUUUGUGAUCUUGGGAACCCCAUGGUGGCUGGCACAAAUUUCUCUACAGGCAUUCGAUUUUCUGUUCAGCAUUUUGAAAAUGCAGAUUUCAGCAUCAAUUUUGAGCUUCAAAUAAAAAGUUCUAACAAGAUUAAUUCCACCAGCAAUGUAGUUAACCUCCAUAUCAACAUCAGUGCUGUGGCUCAAGUACAGAUCAGAGGAGUGUCUCACCCCCCAACAAUUAUUUUGCCACUUCACAACUGGGAAUCCAAAGAUGAACCUACAAAAGAAGAAGAACUUGGUCCUUUAGUAGAACACAUCUAUGAGCUGCACAAUAUAGGUCCAAGUGCCAUCAACAACACAGUUCUCCAUGUCGGUUGGCCUGUGUCCAGUCGAGAAGAAUUCCUUCUUUAUAUUCUUCAUAUUCAGACACAUGGACCAUUGCACUGCCAAACAAGCUCUCCUAUUAAUACAAUGCAAAUAAAGUUUGCUAUUCCACAAGACACUCCUGAACUUGCUGCUUUUUUAUAUAAUUCCACAAGUUCUCACUACAUCAGGAGAAGGGAAGUCACAGUGGCAGAAGCUCACAGGAAAAACUCUGCAAAAAUAUUGAACUGUACAAAUGUGAAGUGUAUCCUAAUUUCCUGCGCUGUGGGACAACUGGAAAGAGGAAAGAGUGCGGCGCUAAAAAUCAGGUCCCGGCUCUGGGCCCAAACAUUCCUGGAGAGAAAGAAUGAUCUCUAUACUCUUUCUUCUAACGUGUCCUUCGAAGUUAAGAGCAUGCCAUAUAAAGUGAAACCAGCAAAGCUCCCCGAGGGAAGCAUAGCAAUCAGAACAUCUGUCAUUUGGUCCACUCCAAAUGUAUCUUUUGUAAUCCCUUUAUGGGUUAUAAUACUAGCAAUACUUCUUGGACUACUGGUACUAGCUCUGUUGACCCUAGCUUUAUGGAAGUGUGGCUUCUUUGACAGAGCUAGACCUCCUCAAGAUGACAUGGCUGACAGGGAACAACUGACAAACAACAAGACUACUGAUGCAUAGAGGAAGAGACCGACGCUACAAGUCAGAAUCCUGGCUGAGACUAGAAACACGAUGAGGAUUAAACGAAGGCUUCUUUCCACCAGUCUUCCUUUGUACCUGCAAGUGAUAUGGUCGCAUGGUCGCAUCCUGAUCUAUGCAGCAUUCUGAGAACAUGCCACACGAUGGCCAUCCUUGCUAAAGAAAGCAGCUUUAUUACUGCCUUGCAAACAUACUCACCACUGAGCAGAAUGUUUAUCCCAUGUUCCACUCAGUCUACAUUUCAGCAGAAGCUUUUGAACACGUAUGCUAUACUGAGAUGCUUCCAGAACAAGCCCAGAUCUCCCAAGGAGAGAAUGCCUGCAUUGCUGUAUUGUCUAGAAGAUGGACCAGGACAAACUUCUGAAUGCUACUGUAUCAUGCAGAAUACCUUUGACACCUCCCUAAGAAGAAGAACUUUGAUGAAAUUAUGGCUCAGGGAGACAAGCAAUAUAUCAGUACUGUGAAAGUACUUCUAAAAAACAAAGGUAGUCUAUAAAGAACUUUGUAGAUGGGGCACAAUUAUUUAUUUUUUCCACCUUUUCAGAACAAGUAUCUGAUAUAAUCCUCAACUUAGAUUUUGAGAGAAGAAAGUAAAAAUAAUAGAAAACAUGUACUUACCCUGCAUGUAAAUAGAAAAGUAAACCCAUUGUACACACAUCUUUCUUGCCUAUAAGGUGUUUUGCAAAGCAGAGAAUUUAUGCAACGUUUUACAAGAUGAGACGUGAUAAACAAGUACAUGUUGUAUCUCUUUCAACCCAAACCUGGCAGUAUCCCACCCGGAUAACUAAGUCCAUGCACAGUAUAGAGCAGGGGAUGGGUUACCCUCUCAUUGUGUUGCAGAUGGCUGACACCUAUUCUGCUGACACAGGACACAGUCAUUUGUGAAACUCUGGUAUAGAUUAUCACAGCCUCACUGGAGAUCUGGAGAAGGCCUAGGUGUUUUGAGCUAUGAUAAAUUUUGUCUGCCACUGCCCUCUUAAUUUUUUGAAGUGGCCACUUAAAAUGGAAUGGCUACUGCCAUUGUAUUUUCUGUUUCAUUUGUGUCAUAGAUCUAACACUUUAUUCACCUAAAGAAAUGUUUGCCUUUUUUUUUUAUUUUCUUGUUACAUUUUAGAGUCUACAAGCUGACAGCAUGUUUAAAGUGUUGUUUUCAGCAAAAUUUAGGGUUGAAAAAAAUUACUUCUUAAGCAAAGUCUUGCAGAGAAGGGGAGCAGGAUUUGUAUCUAUGAAGAAAAAUAGGAUGACAGGCAGUCAAGCAUAAAGAAAAAGAAGGAAAGAUAUUGGAUAAAGGGAAGAAUACACAUUUAGGAAUUAUUUUUUUAUUCCUGGAUUGAGGAUUCUGAAGAAGAGAGGCUUCACUCUCUUCUAUCAGCAAAUGGUUCUUAUCUCAGCAAGGGAUCCUGUCGCUGAUCUGUGCAAAUUUCUGCCUGAAAGCUUUGAGUCCUAGAGUGCUGCCUGUGAGAGUGAAAUACUGUGUAAAAUUCCAGAGGGGCUGUUCAUUUUCUGAAGCAUACACUACCCAUUCCUUCUCCUGAGCUUGUUUUCUUUCCAAUCCAUAUCAGCAUCUUAAUCAGCAAAUGGCCUGAUCCAUUCUGCUGCUGCUUGGAUCCUUUUAGGUAACUGCCCUUCUGCUUCCUAAGAGAGGGACAGGACUAGCCAUGAGACAUUGUCCCUUCUGUCAGUCAGACAGGACAUUUUGCAGUUUUACCAUUUCUUGCAUGCAGGCUGGCCUGUGAAAUCCAAGUGGGAGUGAGGAAACUUGAGCAGGUGUGUUCCAUCUUCAUCUCAAAGGCAAAUUUGCAAGACGAACUUUGUGGAGCCUGUAGCUCACCAGAUGCCAUGUGCCCAUGAGACCUCAUGAGAGGAAGAGACGCAAGGGAGGCCUGACCACUUCUUUGUUUCUUUUUUGAGAAAACCUUUAACAGCUCCCUUCCCCCAAAUGGAUUUGAGCCGACCCCUUGUAGAGAGAUCAGCUGAUAAAUACCACCACAAAGCAAGCUCAUCCCACAUUUGCACACCUCUGUAUCCUAUACAUUCCAGGCAAAACCAUCCAUCCAUGAAAAGGUAGCUUCUAGCUUUUGUAAAUAUUGUUGUGUGUAGCAGCUUCUGAAGUAAGAUCAGCUAGCUCGUUGCAGUCACAUCAUCUGCACAAAUCCAAUGAAGUAGCACCAUAAGGAGAUACUGAACAUAGGACUUUUGUAUGUGCAAUACUUUAUAUUACUUAUAUACCUGAAGCAUGUUUACACUGGCAUUUGUGGUUGUUUUUUAAACUUAUGAAUAUACUGAUUAAUAAUUACAAUAAAGAAAAAAUAAUAGAAAAAAGAAAGAAAAAACCCAACAAACACAGCUCGGUUCAGUAUUUGUUACAAUCUGUUUUCAGUCCUGCAUUGCUCUGAGGAUGGGACUAGGUGACCUCGUAAAUUCUUUGCAGUUGUGACAUGUAUGGUUCACUUUUGAGCUAUUACUCUCUAUUUUAAUGAUGGGCAAAACAUGUUCAGAUACUAAAUUUAAACCAAAAAGAACCUCAGUGACUGCUUUGCCUGGCUGGAAUCCAUCGGCUGCAGCUGUGCAAUGUCACUGGAAACCAAAUUAGAGGCACAUGAUCUGACAAACAGUUACUUUGAGCAAAACUUUGUUUUAUAUUUCUACAUCCUUAUAGAUGAAACUUCCCUGUGGAAAUGUCUGGAGCCUUGUGCUGUCAAGGACUGUAGUCUUGGGUCCCAGGAUUUGUGGACAGCUUUGGCUGCAAAUUGCAAACAGCUUUGUGAAGGAGAUUUCUGGGUUUCAGUGCUUGCCAAGAGUGUUUAUCCCCUGGGGAGAUUGCAUCCUGGAUGUGGACACUAGCAGGCAGUUGACAUAAUCUUUCCCCCCAGCAUAUUAGUAAUGUGCUGCACGAUGACCUCUGCCACAUCCCUACAUGACUGAACUUUUGUUUCAGUGAUAUCAGCCUUGUAGUGAGUUACUAAAUGCAGCUUUCUGUGAAAGUAAUUCAGCCUUACGUUCCCAAAAGUGUCCAGUGAGCUGCUAAUUGCUAAGACUGCAGGAGUAGUCCAGAGAGCAGAAAAAACAGGAGGUUACUUUAUAAGUCAAAGCCUUUUAAAACUGUUUAUUGUUAUGACCACCUCAGUGAUCUAGUAAACAGACAGACAUUCAUAUUUUAUUUCACAUGCUGCUUGCCCAGUCUGGGAAAGGUUGCCCAGUUAUUUCAUUCAUACAGGAAACUUUUUGAAAGUAUCAAGUGUCAAGGGACAUUUUAUGUUUUAUGAAAACUUCAGAAUUCAUCUAACAGGGAUCAGUACAUUUGAAUAUAUUGUCACUCACGGAUUUACUAUUUAAAGGCAUUUAGCAAUACAAUUUUCACAUCACCACCAGAUUGUUCACAAGAAUUUUUUCUUGUCACCAUCUAUAACUCAUUUACAAUCCUUUCUGUCUUCUCCAACUUUUUUGCCCUGACAGCUUUUAGGGGUUUCCCCUUAAAAUGGCACUGUUUUUCCCUGCCUUUUAUCUGUGAUUUUAUUCAUCCUUUAGCAAGAAGGAUCUUCUGAUAGGUAUGGCAUACAAUAACUAAAAAGCCUUUUGGGAAUGGACAAAACACCAGGGGACAGGCAGGGGAGAAAAAUCCCAACUGGCCGUAGCCUGUGUUAUUCCACUACAUUGUAGCAAACUUUUUAAUGAAAUACCAUCUGACACACUGCCUUUAGGAAUUGUUUGUGAGCGAGUGUUUUAUUUAUGAUUGUUGGCAAAGAUCCAUAUUAAA